CAGGCCACUAGCAUAUCAAUGCAAACACUGCCCAGGGACAGGAGAGAAAGAGGAGGAGAAAGACAGAGAAGGAGAUAGAGUGGGCACCAUACAGCCACAUACACUCCACAUAAAGACAUUGAGACAAAUGCUAGGAAUCCAGAAACCACGCCAACGAGCCAGGUUUACAAAGACAAGGAUGACCGCAGCGAUUUCUGCCCGUAUCUAGUGAAGCCCACCUAACCUCUGAAGCCCACCUAAACACAACUCUACAGACCGGAGUCGACACAUUUUCCACCUGCUCAGCGUGUCCAGCUAAACCCACUCCCCUAGACCUGCUGCGUGGGACACAGACUGGGAGAAGGAGGAGAGAGGGGAAGAGGAAGACCAGCGGCAGGUCAGGAAAGAGACUUGAGCGGCGCCUCCGAGGAGCCAUGAGGACGGCCAGGCGGGCCAGCACCGUGGAGGUGCCCUCCUUCCUCCGCCAGCUGGCCAAGGAGACAGAGAAGAUGGUCACCUUCUUCUUUAAGGGGGGACAGAGAGAUGGCCAGGAGGGGAGCGAAGAGGACUCCAGUGAUGAGGAUAACGGGCCAAGUGUCUACCUGGACCGGCCCAUCAUGGAGAAACACGCGACCGAGGGAGGGUCUCAGUGGGGGUUGAACUAUGCAACGGCCAGCAUGCAGGGCUGGAGGGCGCAGAUGGAGGACGCCCACGCCUGCAUGCCGGAGAUGGGAGGGGAGCUGGCGGAGUGGGGCUACUAUGCAGUGUUUGAUGGACACGCUGGCAACACGGUGGCACAGUACUGCUCCCGCAAUCUGCUGCAACACAUCCUCGCUACAGGGCGCGUAAAGGCAGAGGAGAACCCUGAUGACGUGAAGGAGGGGAUCAUCGAGGGCUUCCUGGCCAUUGACAGCCACAUGCACACGCUGACGCGCCAGGAAUGCUGGGAGCGCAGCGGCUCCACGGCGGCCGUCGUCAUGCUCUCGCCGCAGUACGUCUACUUCGUCAACUGUGGCGACUCGCGGACGCUCCUCUGCCGUGACGGCCACGUCAUCUUCUACACGGAGGACCACAAGCCCGUCAACCCCAGGGAGAAGGAGCGAAUACAGAACGCGGGCGGCUCGGUGACCCAGCAUAGGGUGAACGGCUCCCUGGCCAUGUCCAGGUCCCUGGGAGACUUUGACUUUAAGGAGGUGGAGUGGAGGUCCCAGACUGAGCAGCUGGUUUCCCCAGAGCCAGAGGUGUAUGAGCUGGAGAGGUCCCCGCAAGACGAGUUCCUCAUAGUGGCUUGUGAUGGCGUGUGGGACGCCAUCGGCAACGAGGAUCUGUGUGCAUUCGUCCGCAGCCGCCUGCAGGUGUGCAAUGACCUGAGGGAGAUCUGCAACCAGGUCAUUGACCUCUGCCUCUAUAAGGGUAGUUUGGACAACAUGAGCAUCAUCAUCGUGACCUUCCCUGGCGCACCCCAGGUUUCACAAGAGGCCCUACAACAAGAGGCCGAGCUAGAGACACUCCUCGAGGCCAAAGUGGAAGAGAUAGUAAAUUUGCUAAGGUCGCAGGACAAGGACCCUGACCUGCUGUAUGUGAUGAAGUUUCUGGUCUCUGAGGACAUACCUGGCCUACCACCUGGGGGAGGAGUCACCAGCAAAAGAGACUGUGUCAUCUCUGCGUAUCAGAAGUUUGUAACGCCCUCCAGAUCUCUGGAACCAAUGGACAUCGGAGGAUCUGAAGAGUCCAACUAGUCGUUUCCAUGUAAAUGUAUUAUUUAGCCCCACGUAUCCAUGGUGACCAAUUCCAACUGGGGACUCUUUUCAGCUGAGGAAUCAGCCAAUGGCUAAAUAAAGAAAUAUGGU